CGUUGCGUUCUCACGAGGACAUCCUUUGUCCCAAAUUGUUCGCUUCCUUCGAGGUGUUGUGGGUCUCACAGUGACGCUUAGACACUCGAUGUUACGCCAUGCUUCGCUCACUUCUCCUCUCUGCCUUCUUCGGCCUUGUUACAGUGAACAGCUUUAAGAUUACAUCCAGGGUUGACUCAUCAGAUGUGCCUCCAUCUGGUCGAUCCUAUCCAAAGUCUCUGGACCCUCCCUUUCCUGAUCACUUGGCUUACGAUGCAGUUUUUGCGGGAGUCAAGAAACCUCUCACUGUGGAUUGCACCCAGUCAGGAGUCAUCUGCAAGUUCCCACUAGUAAUUUCUGACAAAGACCAAGAAGCUUCAAAUCCUGCCAAGAUUGCAAAAGAAGUGCCCAUUAUUAAAGGAAUUGAGGUUCCAGAAAGACUUGACGAUUCAGAAGAAAAAGAAGAAAUUACAGUUUCUUCAUUUAUCGAUAAAGGGGAUGUGAAGGUCCCAAUUUAUAGAGGUUCUCUUGAUGUCGAGUCAAUCUCUGAUAGCAGGGAUAAUGAGGAGACAUGGAUUCUUGAGAAAAACACUCUGAACAAAAAAUAUAAAAUUCCAGUCCGGCUAAUCCCUUCCAAGCACAAUCAAGCACCUGUGUAUCCUGUUCACCAUGAUUUCCAUGAUCACUUUAGUGGAGGAGAUCUAUACCAUGGUCAUGGACACGGAAGUGGAUGGACUCCUUGGAUGAGAGCCUACCCUUCAGUCUACCACUAUCCCUCCAAUCAACCCUGCCAACCCCCAGUGUACCACCACCCCCCUCCUUGCACCCCUGCUGUGGCACCUACGAGGAAACCUGUGAUCAAUAUUGAUGAUAAGGUCGAUAAAGAUGAGGAUUAAAAGGCUACUGAAACAUUUUCAAUCUUGUAUUAAAAUACUUACUUAACUA